AUGGUUUGUGAUAGUGAGACUGUCAAAAAGAAUGAAAGGAAAACAGUAAGUAGGACAAUAGACGGCAAGAGCAAAACUUUCCUCAUUGACGAUAUACUUGGCAAUCAUAGGAACACCAGUCCAAGAAGGUCUGAACAAAAUGAUCGCGGUCGACUUGAAGAAAACGCGGAUGAAUAUAACGUUUCAUCAACAUCGACUUGUCAAGAAUUCUCAACUCUGAACAGCGCCGAGCUACUCGCGAGUCAUGCUUAUGCGCAUUGGCUGGCAAGCCAUCAACCAUCGACAACAUAUUAUGAUGAUAAAAACAGCAGGCGACCGAGGCGACCCGGACCAGAACGUAAGCCGCGCCAAGCGUACAGCGCUAAGCAGCUCGAAAGGCUCGAGACUGAAUUCAAACUGGACAAAUACCUGAGCGUCUCAAAAAGAAUGGAACUAUCGAAGGCGCUCGGCCUAACAGAAGUGCAAAUAAAGACGUGGUUCCAGAACAGAAGAACGAAAUGGAAGAAGCAAUUGACGUCCCGUUUGAAAAUCGCACAGCGCCAAGGAUUGUUCCCCGGACAGUUGUUCGGGCACAAUCCUCAGGCCUAUUCGCUUUUAAAUCCUUACGCCUACGCCCCCCUUAGCUGUGUCUUCACCCCCGUUACCUUACCAUCAACACCG